AUGAGCGCAGCAGAUACACCUCAGCCUCAUCCCUACUACCCAAUUGGAGUAGAAAUUGCCGGUUACAUUGCCAAUGAGAGCUCUGUCUUCGUCCUUGCUAUCUGCUUCUCCUUGGGCUUAGCGGCUAUUCUCGGCCUUAUACUCGCCAGUGCCACGUACUUGCGCCCGUCAAUGUCAAAAGCAGACAAGCUUGCCAUACUGUGGUUUGCUCUAUGUAAAUAUCUCGUGGAUUUCCUCUUCCAGAAGAGUGUCUGUGCUGAUAACCAUGCGAAUGCAGCGGGAACCCUCCAUUGCUUUUUCGAAGCGUACUUUGUCUCCCAUCACUCGGCCAUGGGGCCUGCUCAGGAUAUCCUUGGGCAGUUGUGGAAGGAGUACGCGUUGUCUGAUUCGCGAUAUCUCAUUUCGGAUCCAUUCGUGGUGAGCAUUGAAACCAUAACUGUGACUCACGACUGGCUGGAGAUCCGGCUAAUAGAUUUAUGUCUUUGGAAUGGCCAGACUGUUUGGGGGCCCCUGUGCUUCGUUCUGGCGUACAUGAUUGCUGCGCAACAUCCUCUACGGCAUGCUUUGCAAGUCAUUAUUUGCGUAGCCCAUCUUUAUGGGGAUGCGUUGUACUACGCCACCAGUCUCUUCAACCAUUACGUCAACGGUGUGUCGUACUGUCGGCCUGAGGCACUCUACUUCUGGGGAUACUUCUUUUUCAUGAAUUUUAUCUGGAUUGUUGUGCCGGCAUCCUAUCUGUAUGAGAGUCUCACCGCAAUUUCGAACGCAUUCCGUGCCCUAGACCGAACAGCGGGUCGACAGAAGUUUGAGUGA